CGCCGCCGCUCCCGUUAUUAAAGCCCGCGCCUGACGCCGCCCCUCGUCGUCGUCAAGCCCGAGAGACCCAGCUUAGCUAGAGCGCUCAGCCAAAGACAAAUGCACACGAAGCGCGCGGAGGAGCAUCGCAGGCAGCAAGCACGGCAGCGGCCAUGGCGCAGGAGAUCAGCCUGAGGCUGAAAGCAAGCACGACGGCGCCGAUGCCGCAGGAGAGCCUGCGGCUGGUGUCGCACCCGAUCGCGGCGCACGACGGGCGGCUUCCGCGGCAGUACACGCGGGAGGGGCAGGGCGCGAAGAAGGACAUGUCGCCGCCGCUGGAGUGGUACGGCGUCCCCGAGGGCACGCGGUCGCUGGCGCUGGUGGUGCAGGACAUCGACGCGGACCCCGUCGUGCCGUGGACGCACUGGGUGGUGGCCAACAUCCCGCCCGACACCAAGGGCCUCCCCGAGGGGUUCUCCGGCAAGGAGGGCGCGGCGGGGCGCGAGUUCGGCGGCUUGCAGGAGGGCAUCAACGACUGGAAGCAGCCCGGGUGGCGCGGGCCCGUGCCGCCGUCCCGCGGCCACCGCAUCCAGUUCAAGCUCUACGCGCUCGACGACGAGGUGCACCUCGGCAACAAGGUGACCAAGGAUAAGCUCGUGGAGGCCAUCGAGGGGCACGUGCUGGGAGAGGCCGAGCUGACCGCCGUCGCCGUGUUCUAAGGAGCCGUCGUCACGUAGUGCCAUGGGCCCUGCCUUGUAUAUUUGGGGCAACUUUUGUAAUUUUGAUGGUCUAAUAAAAGGGGAACUCAGUUUGUGUUCGUGACAUGAAUGGCGUGGUAUCUCCGGGGCGUGGUGUUGGGGGUUGGGAUUAAAAUCCACUUGUAACCGCUGGGCGCUAGCCCAUCGACGGCCGCCACCGCCUCUUCUGGCGUGGCGCGGCGGAUGUGAGCACACAUCUCGACGAUGGCGGUGGCCCUCCACAGUCGGCCGAGACGCCGCGCCGGGAGGCGGGAGGGGGUCAUCGCGUGCUAAAUUGGGCGCCGGUGCGACUCCGGUGGCUUCCGGCGGUGGCCGGCGGGAGCAGGUUCGGCAAGAUUGGAGGUGUGGAAGGUCCUAGGGUCUUCAAUGUAAUUUUGUGGUUUGUUAGGUGUCUUUCUGCAAAAUUUCUACUGUCUGUAUCCUUUCCUUUUUGAAUGUAUCUGUACUUGUACGCG